AUGUUCGUCCCAGGUGGUGUUAAACCACAUACUCCCAUUCCAUUCCUAUUAAGGCUACCAUACCUGGGCUGGAGAUUCAUUAAGGAUGCCGGUGCGGAUAUCAAAAUCAUAGCUAACAGUGCUUUAAAUGCAAGACAUUAUGGGAUACAAUUGGCUGAAGACUUACCCGUUAUUAAUGAUAUCAACAUCAGUGGUGGCGGCGCUCAUAUCACGAAUCAUUUUGGGGUUAUGGCAGUAGAAAACCACGAAGGGUGUCAGACAUUCAUUGCUCAUGAGCCAUAUGUCUAG